UUGAGUUAAUUUUAGACGAAACAUUUAGAUAUAUUUUAUGUAUAUAUAAUAUCAAAAGUAUCGUGCACGUGUGUUAAAGGAAUAAAAACAAAGAAAAACAAUGCGCUACGGCUUUCAUUUAAUAUUCUUGUUGGCCUAAUAAUAUAUACAUUGCACGAUAAAAGAGAUAAUAUAUAUACAUAUAUAAUUGCUGAGACUCGUGCCCUAUUCUAUUCUAUCGAUUCGGUCAUGUGUGAAAAACAAGCAAAAAGACUUGUCGUGUCUUUCCCUUGUUUUUAAUGAGCACUCUUAUAUACGAGCAGAAACACUGAUCUACUUGAGAUUGAGCUCCUCAGAGCCUAUUUUUUUAUAGACUCCGAUGUGUACCUUUACACGUGCAAAAUCUCGUCGCGUGUUUGAGUACGCACGUAGGAGGUACAUAAGUGUAUGUUUUUCAAAGGAUAAGUAUCUCUCGCGAUCGUCUACAAUAAUUAUCCGACAAUCUGACGAGUACGAAUGGGAGGAGCGGGUGCAUAAAGUGCAUAGGGUUGCCAAUGCAGCUGAUAGAACUGUGCCGUAUUUCGCUCCGUAUGUAAUUCACGCCUCGACAUGAAUUCUCAAUAUAUCUCGGAACACUAGAUCUUUAUUUUAGCAAUCGACGAUGCCAUUGACGGUGAUUCUCGUCAAGUCUGUCCCGAAGAAACGACAUUUGUGCAAAAGAUCUCGUGAUUUUCUUUCUGCAUUCCGCCAAAUAUAAAAAGGAGUCCGUUUAAUGGAAGUCGCGAAUUAUUUUACGAGUGCGCCUUCGAACGUCAUUGACGAAACUGCCCUUAUGUCCAGAAAAAUGCAUGCGCGAUGGAACGAUUUCGAUAAACAACAAAUGGCGAAUAAGAUGACAAACAGUAAGAUAGACAAACCCUCAAACUUGGACGAAUACGACGUGGCAAAUCCCGACGUGCCGAAUAAUAACAAGUCGAUAAACAGCGAUUUAUAUCAAGCGGUGUUCCCGAUCUAUCACAUCAGCAAAUUGACCGGUGUAUUUCCAACGAGAUUUGUCCGACAGGUGUCUGGCAGGUAUCAAGGGCGAUUGAGCAUCGUUGAUAGCAUUUACAGUCUGCUCCUAUUGGGGAUCCUGAUAGGCACCGAGAUCUGGGGUUUCUGGCGCGAUCUCAGAUAUGGAUGGGAAAACAGUACCCGACUUAAAUCGAAGAAUGCGGUGAUUGUCACCUCGGUCGACGUGUUGGGUGUGAUGAGCCUUACAGCCGCCUCCAUCAUCGGUUCAAUUCUGUGCUGGAAGCACGUGCAAACUGUCAUCGAUAAACUGGUUGAGUGCGACGAGAAGAUGGGAAUCCUCUCGCCGAAGAAGCUGCAGAGGGUCACCAUCAUACUGACGUUUGUCAGCCUCUCCUAUACCAUCAUUCUUUCCUCUCUCGAUGUCUACGUAUGGAGGCACGAAGUGAAGCAGAAUAAGAAGCUGGACGACACGGGUCCAUUCAAUUAUCUCCCCCUAUACUUUAUGUACAUCGUCAGCGUUAUGAUGGAGCUCCAAUUCGCCAUCAUCGUGUACAACGUGGGUCAGCGGUUCUUCAGGAUCAACAAGAGCCUCGAAAACAUCCUAAAAAAUAGCAAGAUUGCGAAUCAAUUCAGGAAGGAUCUUGGAUUAGCCGGUGAGCUGCGAGAUCAAGGACAACUCAUUACGUAUAUCCAACAAGAAAUGAUGGGAAAUACUGGUCUGUUUCGUAAAUCAAAGAUCAUGGAUUCCACCGACGCAGAUGAUAAUAGAAGUUUCACGGACAGAAUAUCCCGAAUGUUGGCAAUACACUCAUCUCUAUGUGACUCGAUCUCGCUUAUAAAUAGCGCUUAUGGCGUCGUUAUACUUGUAAUUACGAUUACUUGCUUAAUACAUCUAAUCCUUACGCCGUACUUUCUGAUAAUGGAAGCUGACAGAACGCGUGAACCUUUAUUCGUCGCGGUGGAAGGACUCUGGUGCGUCUUUCACACUUUUAAGCUGGUCGUGGUCGUGCAGCCCACAUAUGCCACUACAAUGCAGGGAAAGAAAACAGCAGUAUUGGUAAGCCAAUUACUGUCCGCGAGUCCUGACAAGGAACGCACGAAACAACUAGAAAUCUUUUCACUUCAGCUUCUGCAUCGCCCAUUAGAAUUCACAGCGUGCGGACUCUUUACCUUGGAUCGUACUCUCGUGACUUCGAUUGCUGGCGCAGUCACAACGUAUCUCGUAAUACUGAUCCAGUUCCAAAAAGAUGAUGAUACAAAGGGAAGUUUCGACAACAUAUUGAAGAAUGCUACGCAAAUGCUGAAGAACGCGACGACGCUUCACAAUAUUACAGCGGGAAGGUUAGGCCUAUAAAUUAGGAAACUGUGCUUUUCUUCCACUGAUCUUUAUUUUUUUUAUGUCUUCGAAUUUAUAAUAAAUCUUUUUAAAAUUUAGUACACGUCUCGCCCACACAUUUAUUCGUAUGUAAAAUAUCCAUGAUCGAAGGAAUCAAGUGGAGACGAAUGCAAUGUACAAAGAUGCAAUUUUCAAAUGUGGUAUCACAGUUUAAAAAAAUGAUUCAUCAUUAAUUUCAAUUAACAGAGCACACGAAAUACACAACCCACAUUUGGUGCGAACCAGUUUCUUAAUUAAGGCAUAACAUAUUUACUAAUACAAUGGCGAACAUUUUUUUUCGUCACUGAUAAGGAUCUAAUAAGAGAGGGAUCGAUGUAGGGUGAAAUAUGGAUCUUGGAUGUGAAUCGAUCAAUAUCAGACGCGUGCGAUGAUGACAUUUAAAACUUCAAUUCUCGUACAUACAGCGGUGAUAUAAAAAAUAAAAUCUCGAUUGUUUCGCUCGAUCGCUUAUUAACAAACAAUCCCUCUUAUCGUGAUCGUGGACUAGAGUUUUAUAAGUUUGUUUUUUACGUAUCCACUUGUCCUAUACGUAUCAUAGAUGUUUUCAAAAAGAGAUGGGUGAAUAGCUCCUAAUAUAAUACUAGAAAAGAAAGUCCAGAUAUG